AAACGCAUAAAGAAUAUAGAGCUAGAAGUGAUAGACUAUUGAUUUUGAAAUACCAAACGCAAUACACACAAUCGUUCCUUGACGUGAUUAGGAGUCUGAGGAAUAACUGACUUUCUGGGUUAGGCAUGGAGCCCGCUUGAAUAAUUUUCUUUAGCACUUCUCUUUUCACUUCUCAAGCAAAGCUCUCCUUGGCCAAAAUCUUAUUUCGUUUACUUACUCCAGUAUUCCAGCAUUAUGAGAGGGAGGGAUGCCCCUCGGUUCCCCCAAUUCCUCUCGGAAUUUUGAGAAAAAAAGACCGAGCAUUCAUCGUAUGAAAUGAAAGCAAGAUAGCACCCAGUUUCAUGCACGGGCCGUAGAAAAAUCACUCAAAAUGGAUUUAAAGAGGGCGAUUAUUUCUAUGACUCGUAUCUUUGGGUGCAACGUUUAACUUUGCUGAGGAAAACCCUUUCUCCAAGUGGAAAAAAGACAGUGCCAAAAUUAUUCCUGCACUUUAUUGCAGCAUGAUUUUCACUUGGCAAACCGUAUGCUAUAUUGAGUAUGCCAUGCAGGAUCAAUGACUCGGAGAUACAUUUAAUUUACUGUCAAUGUACAUGUAUGAGUAUACUUCAUAGUACACUGUUCACUGUCCCUGCCUAAAUCUCUCAUUUCUACAUGGAUUUUUAUACAGGUAGCGAAUUAGUUGAUCAUUGAAAAAGAAAAUGAUUAAAAACCCAUUGUCAUAUUUUUAUUUUCCUCUUAAGCUUGAUUAUUUUUAUUGCGCUCUUAAGUUAAUAUUAUUAACUUUCCGGUGCACGAUUAACUGAAUACAGUACCAAAACGCAACCUGGUUUACUAGACCUACACUGACACCAGAUGGCGCUAUUGCAUGUCUCUGAAAACCGGAACCACUUCCAAACGUAAACAUUAUUAAUUGACUGCGGGAGUCAACAUGGCGGGGCUACAGAAGAGCCUUUUGUUGGCAAAAACUUGCUACAUUUCUGGACAUGCGAAAGUAAUUUCGGCCCUCGUCACCGGCUUCAGGCAACCACAUUUUACAAGAUGCCUAUCUACCUCGCUUCCGCACCCUGCAAACCAAGUAUCUACGGUGCAUAUUCCAGAACUGGAAACUUUUGAAAAGAUGGGCCACACUUUCGAAAGUCACCAGCAACUGUAUCAGUUUUCGCUGCGUGAACCAGACAAGUUCUGGGGGACGCUAGCCCGGUCGAGGCUACGCUGGUACAAGGACUUUGAUAAGGUCUCGGAAGUCGAUUGGGCCGAGGGGAAAAACGCCUGGUUUCUAGGAGGAAAGAUUAACGUGUCUGUGAAUUGCAUUGAUCGACACAAGGAGGCAAAUCCAGACCGAGUUGCUCUCAUAUGGGAGAAAGAUGAACCAGGACAAGAAGAGAGGAUUACAUACAAACAGCUGUAUGACAUGACCAAUCAAAUUGCCAAUGCCUUGAAGACCCAAGGGGUGAAGAAAGGUGACCGUGUGGCCAUCUACAUGCCUGUCUCCCCCCUUGCUGUGGCUUCCAUGAUGGCCUGUGCUCGGAUCGGUGCUAUCCACAGUGUUGUGUUUGCUGGCUUCAGCGCUGAAGCAUUAGCCAGCCGGAUUAGAGACGGCGAUGCGCAGACGAUAAUCACGGCAGACCAGGCCGUGAGGGGGGGCAAGGUGAUUGAACUCAAGAAGACUGUUGACAGUGCUGUCAGUCUGUGUCCAAACAUCAAGCGUGUGUUUGUAGCCAAGAGGACGGGGAACCCUGUGCCCAUGUCACAGACUGACAUUCCACUGGAGGAGGCCAUGUCCAGAGAGUCCACAGAAUGCCAACCAGAAAUCCUGGACUCGGAGGACCUCCUCUUCAUGUUGUACACAUCAGGAUCCACGGGGGCACCCAAGGGCCUGUCACACUCCCAGGCAGGCUAUCUACUGUAUGCAUCACUCACGCAUCAGAUGGUGUUUAACUACCAGCCUAGUGAUGUGUACGCCUGUGUAGCAGAUAUCGGCUGGAUCACAGGCCACACCUAUGUAGUCUACGGUCCACUAAGCAAUGGGGCUACCACUGUCCUGUUCGAGAGCACGCCGACCUACCCUGAUCCAGGUCGGUACUGGGAGAUGGUUGAAAGGUUGAAGUUGAACCAGUUCUACGGCGCCCCUACAGCCAUUCGACUCCUCCUCAAGUUUGAUUCUUCCUACGUCACCAAAUAUGACCGUUCCACGCUCAAGACGCUUGGCUGCGUUGGUGAGCCGCUCAACCAUGAGGCUUGGGAAUGGUACAAUGACAUAGUAGGAGAAGGAAGGUGCUCUCUAGCAGACACAUGGUGGCAAACAGAGACUGGAGGCAUUAUGAUCACUCCCCGCCCAUCCAGCCCUGGGGCUGAGAUCCACCACGGUCCAAUGACGCCAUUCCUUGGUAUUGAGCCUGUUCUCAUGAGCGACACAGAUCAUACAGUAGAGAUGACUGGGAAUAGUGUAUCUGGUGCCCUGUGUGUCAGACGGCCCUGGCCAGGUAUAGCUCGGACCAUCUACGGCAACCACCAGCGAUACAUUGAGACUUACUUCAAACCAUACACAGGUGUCUAUUUCAGUGGUGACGGGGCCCAUCGUGAUAGGCGCGGCCAUUACCAUAUUACCGGUCGCAUGGAUGAUGUCAUUAAUGUCAGUGGUCAUCGCAUAGGAACUGCAGAGAUUGAGGACGCUAUGGAUGAACACCCAGCUGUAGCAGAGACAGCAGUGGUUGGUUUCCCCCAUGACAUCAAAGGAGAAGGCAUAUACGCCUACAUCAUUCUCAAGGAGGGAGUCAGCGAGUCAGAGGAAGACAUCAUUAAGGAACUGAAGCAGGCGGUGAGACAGAAGAUAGCUGCCUACGCCGUGCCAGAUUUGAUACAGAUCACCCCAGGCCUUCCAAAAACACGAUCCGGGAAGAUCAUGCGUCGCAUCCUGCGCAAGGUGUGUGCCAACCAGAGCGAUGAACUGGGAGAUGUGUCCACGCUGGCGGACCCCUCCAUCGUGGAGGUCAUUGUCAAGAACCAUGUGAGGAUCAGCCAGAAAUGAACUCGAGUACACAAUGCUGUGGCUUCCAUUGAUCCUAGGGUUCAAACCUUUCUUUGGAAUGCUCUCCAGGAAAUUCCUGGACUUUAGCCAGUCUUGGUCCCAAAAUCCUGAUCUAGAGUUUUGUAUACAUGUAUCUUAGUUUUGUUUUGUGUGUGUUUCCCCUGAAAAGUUUUCUGUAUUUUUAUUCAACUUUCAAGAUUGAAAUACAUAUUUCAUAUUUAACUCAACCUUAGAACCAACAGCAUUCAUGGAUCCAGUGCUUUGGUUAUAAAUAUCCCAUGCCUUCAGGAAAUCAGAAAUAUUCAGGUUUUUAGCCAUUGUUUUUAACCAGUCUAUUCACUGUUUGCAACUGCUUCUAACGCCCACUUUUUUUACCAAGCAGAAAUUCCAGCAAAUGGGCAAUUUGAACAUAUCAAAGUGGGAUCAUUAAUGAAGAUAUAUUGCCGUAGUCCCACAGCUCAAUUGAAAAAACAAUCAGUGGUCAGGUUACAUGGAUGUUUGACAUCCAGCCAUAUUGCGGAGCCACAGUGGUAAUAUUAAAUCUUUGCUGAGACUUGUUCUUGAUCACGUGGAGACAGCCUUCUCUUAUCUGGAAGCCGGGGAAGAUAGCGUGACACCGUGUGACUAGAAAGGUUUUUUUGUAAUCAAAGCCAUAAUUGGUUUCAAAUGAGUUAUUAGCGAAUUGUGUGAAUAGAUCCUUUGCAAAAUAUUUUAUUCAUUGUAUUGUAAAUUCACUUGUGCCCUAUUCAUUUGAACGCACAAAAUUAACGACCACAAUUCUACUCUGCCAUCUGUUUCAGUAUUGCAAUUCAUAGCGACGAUCACAUUUUUAAGAGGCUAUCCAGAGAGGUUUUCAGGAAAUUUUGGCACCCUACUCAAAACUUGGCCUUAUUUUCUGUUUUGUUUCUUAAUUGAUUGCCUUCUUUGUUUCGCUUGUGGUGCCAGCAUGAAAUUAUUUUGUUUUUAAUUCAGGUCAUAACAUACCUACAUCUAUCAACAUGCUCAAAUAACCGCCUCUCUGUCGGCUAGAUAAGUUUCUAUACUAGUUGAAAGAGUAAAUAAGUCUGUCCAAUUUAUGGAAACCACUUCCAAACAAGGGGAAAAUUGCAGCAAGAAGAGUUUUUGUUAUAAUGACAUAUUUUAUGGGCAAGCUGAAAUGUUUAUAAUUUUGCAGAAAUCAAACAGGUUGAAAUGAAGAUAAUGUAGUCUCCAAAAGGAUUAGGUCUCUAUGUAUAACCAGACAAAUGGCCCUUGCAAUUUAUAGGUGACAUACUGUGCAUUUUUCACUCACUUUCAUGAGUAUCAAAACCUGAAAGAGAAAGACACAAAGAGACAUUCUUUUUUCAAAGACUUGUCAGUUUCUGAAGCAGUGUCGCUGAAUGCAGGUAAUGGGCUUGCCCUUUUCACAGCUUGUGUGAGGUUUAAUGGGAAAUUUAUGAAGUCCAUUUGUGGUGGAAAAACACCUCGCAGGCCUUUGAAGUUUUUCUUUGAGUUUUCCUAAAUUGCACCUAUUUCAUUUCGCACUUGAUAGGCAUUCACGCCUUUUAGGUUUUUCAUUUUAUUGUUAUUAUUUGAAUGCUGCAGGCCACUCCUGUGCCGUUUAAAUGAAUUCAUUACAUGUAUGUAUCUUAUUAGCCGUCUUUCUACUAUUAAUGUAUGUUAGAUAUGAAAGACAAGUAAUCAUGAUCAAACUGAUUUUGACGAGUGGUAACUGGAACUCUGUCUUGGUUAAGUGCUUCUUCUGACAAUGUCAGAGCAGAAUCGCUGACAAGGUGCAGUACGUUUUAAACAGCUGGGCUUGGAAGCUUUUUCAAAUAUUCCCAAACAGCUGCAAAUAAAAUUUGUUGUUACAAUUGGGAGUGAAUGUCAAUUACGACUGAAAUAAAAUUAAUAAAAACGAAGAAAAAAUUUGUGCACAUGUAUAUAUGUAA